CGCGUCGGUGCGUGUUUACUAAUUUUUCUCCAAAAGAAGUGAAUCGUCCGAGCGAAAGCACACUCUCUAUGCGUUCUUUAUGCAGAAGUAGUGUAUGAAUGAUCUUUUAGUUGAUAAGUUUGGUAAAAUUGCGAAAGCUUUUGCUGCUGCUGUGGAGGUGUUGUUGUGACUGAUAAAAGUUCAUGAUUAGCUGCCCGAGCCAACGCAGCGAGAAACAGGACAGUAGCGGCGCAUUUGUUGCGAAGAUAGGUACAACUCAGCAAGGACUCCGGAGCUCGGCAGUCUCUUAUUGCCUCUCUGCGUGUCGUAGCGUGGCAGCGAAAGUCGACGAGGGUGCGUCAAAACCGGCGCGAGAAAUUUGUCCCGAAAAUCCAGACUCUCUGUGUGGGCGAGUACCUUUUUCUCGAGAAAGAUCGGGGAAUUGGACCAAGAUAUUCUCGUCGCAUUCUCAGUAAGCGCGACGAGGCGUGCGCUGCAGACUCGAAAUCUUUAACAUCCUUCUGUCUUCUCGAAACAGUUAUAUAUCUUCUUCUUACUCAAGAUGCAGUUUGCUGGUGCAGUUCCCGCUAUGAAGAAGGCGGGGAUCAAAGCUGAUGGCUUUGAUUCCCAGUUCUCCGGUUGUCGCGCUGUUGAGGUUCGAAUCGAGAACGAAACCUUCGUCCGCAAGUGGAGGGAACCCGCCAGUCAGUCCAUAGCGGCUGUCUUUGACAAGAUACGUCAAAGUGUCAAGUCAGAUCCUGGACCAAGGUUUUUCCUCAUCGCGCAUCCAGACGGCGCCAAUGUCUGUCUCAUAUGGAUGCCAGAGGAGACGCCGACGAAAAUGAAGUUCGUGUACCAAUAAACACGUUUGUUUUUCGUGCAUGGCGAGAGAUGAAGCUAUGUAUCUAGAGUUUUUUUCGUCGCAGUUUGAUAAUUUUUGUAUCUAUGGAUGCGAACAAGUCGUGCAAGUACAUGACGACUUUUCAGCCUGAAAAACAGGUACACGCAGAGUGUUAGUCAGCUUAAGACUCUACCGGUGCAUAAAGUGGAUGGAUCACUUUGGAAGGAUUUUCGAACAGACGAAGUUGCGGAAUUAACGUACCUGCCCAAAUUCUAGCAAAGCACUUUUGCAUUUUUGGUCCGACUCAUACUAGUGUCCUGAUUUUGGUUCAAGAUGAUUGUAAUCAAUCGACAUUUUCGGAAGUAGUCGUUGCCACACAUGAGGAUCAUGUCUUAUCCUCUUAGGUACUGAAAUACAAUGUUGUAACCGACGAGGCCUUGUUUUUUCUAUCUUCCCCACUAGCUACAGCGGACGUCUCAGAUUCAAUUCUCUUUCCGUAUGAUAGAUUUUUCACCACAAGCAACAUGAUAGUACAGAUCCAUUUGGUCCAUGCAUGAUCAUCAGGGAAGCAGCACUUGCGUCACAGCUUGUCGGCGUGGAGGGAGCCCAAAGGCGGAGCUUGAUGUCGGUUUAUGAGAGGAAUGAGGAAGACAUCAAAAGUGGGAUUGAAGCGACAAAGAAAGAGAUAUCUGGUGGCAUCAGACUUCCCGGAAUGGCACCUGUCGAGGCAACGGUUUCGUCAGCGCUUGAAACCGCUUUGAAGGGGUAAUUUGUACUUAGCGUUUUAGCAUACAAUAUCUAUAUCAUAUAUUUUUCAACGUCGAGUCGUAAUGAUAAUUACUGGCAGUUCUUUUGUGAAGUCUCAAGUUUAGGACCUGGCUGAGUCUCUCACGAGUUGUCCGUAGAUGAACUAGAGGUUGCUAUGAUUUUUUGUCUCCGGAUCUCGACGAGAAUAUAUAUUGGAGGAGAGACAAUCCUCUGACUAUGAUAUCAGCCUCCAAAACGGUGGAAUAGUCGUUGCACGAGUCGAGGAUGCUGGAGGGAAAACGUCGGUCUGCGGAAAAGUUGAGAAGAGUGGAACUCUGCCGACUACAGUAGCGCUUGCGCCUGCAGACUGCUGCUUCAUGGUAUGGCGACGAGCUGCGGACCUCGUCCAGAUAAUCUCCUACAGCUCCGACAAUGCGGCGAGUACUUUGCAACAUAUUUAUCUCGUUAGCUACAUGUUGCAUGUGCUGAGUACCAACGUGCCAUGUCGACGUAGAAGAUAUUCGUUAUGAGAAAAAGUAUAAUAAUAGACGGCUCUCAUUUUUGUUCAGUUUUUUAAACAUGUGAGAGUGAGUAUUGAUUGACACGCUUAUUACAAUCUAUCACAUAUCUUUCUCUAUGUACUUCCACGUCAACUUCCUAGUGAGUUGUAAAGCCAGGCGGUGUCACCAACAUGUUUUCAGGUCGAGCCAAAAUGAAGCAUUCUAGCUGUGCGGGAACGUUGAGGGAGAAGGUGAAAGCUACAUUCGCGGACAGCGUUGUCGUGUGGGGGGAGGCGCAUGAUGCGGAGGAGGUGAAAGAAAUCGAAGUGCAACCAGAAGCAGAUGCUCGCGCGGUUGCCCAGAGAACCUCGGCUGCUCCAGAUUUAUGAUCAUCUCCGUCUUGAUGUCCUGCGUCUUUCAUCCUCACGUCGUCCUCGAUCACGUCGAUCUCGAUCCUUAGCUGUCAAUGAAUAAUUAGAACUUGCUGCUUGAUGAACGAAAGGUCCUUGGCGAUUUUUUUCAAAAGUCUGAUGAAUCAUUUUUGAAUAGCACGAUUCUUGAACAAGCCGUAGUUCAGAUGAUAUAGAUGUCGUUCAUCGCGCAUUAUUUGAGCCGAGUCUAAUGGUUGACGAAGCAACGAAAUCAGCAGUUAAGCAGAGCAUCAUGCUAGGAGGGGGAAAGAAGGUGCCGGUGGGUUCAUUUCGGUUGCCAGGCAUGGAGUAGCUGCCAGGAUCAUGGGGGUGUAAUAGGACAAAACAAAGCCGCUUCUCCGGGAACGAAGGUCAUGCCCACGAGAAGCUCAUCGAUGUGUUGGUGUUUGUAACGGGAAAGAAAAUGAUUUGGUACAACUUCGAAGAAGUCGUAACGCACAGGAGGAGUCAUCACAAGUUGAUUCACGAAGUCACGGCAUUAGUAGAUCACAGCCAGACCUGAUCAUGAGACAUCACCUACAACGACCUCAACAUGAUGAAGCUAACAUCGUGUAAUUUUGAUCAUCUUCGACGCGCGUCUGGGUGAAAAAAAUCCAACUUGAAUGUCACAAGGCCAGAAUGAAAUAACAAAUAGCUGAUUCAUUGUAUGUCUUGUCGCAUGUUGUAGAUGUGCUACAGAUAAGAUUCAAUGUUAAUAAAUACGCAUAAGACCACAUCAUGCACAUAGGGUUGGACUUCGUUCAUGUGCAUUCAUAUGAGACCAGUAUCGCAGCAUCAAACAGGAAAGCCUCAAUCAAAAGCAUUUUAUGUCAUCGUGGUCUGACCGGAGGGUCCCCCCCGUUUUUACAGGGGAAAAAAGAAAGGCAUGAUCUUGAAGCGCACCGCGGCUGCGUUGUUGCAAACGCAUCGGAC